AUGUCAAACCCUGCCUCUUACGACUCCCACCGGCGGUCAACUGUGUUCAGUCGCCAACCUGAGGAGCUCCAUAUUCCAUCAACUGGGCUGAUCAAUCCAAACUUGUCCCGCCAAUCAUCCUCACAAGACUAUCCCACCACACCGGACGCAGGUGCCCGGCUUCCCUCAAUUAACGUGCAAUCCAGCUCGCAUUACGGCGGUGACGGGAACAGCAGCAGCAGCGCACUUCCCGGAGCCUUGCAGUCAGGGAACCAGAACCGCCCGGCAGCAGGAUCAAUAAGCACAGCUCCCUCGGUCGUCCCUACCAUGCCUCAAUCAUCGUCGCAAACCAACCACCGUGCUAGCAUGGUUAAUUCACACGGACAUUCCCGAUCUAGCCCCGCCGGCUUUGACCAGUCGAUGUACAAACAACACGGCGCGCCCGAUGGCUCCAAAUAUCCCUCUUCUCCUGGGGCGUUUCCGCCUCACACCCCCCAAGGCUCCAAGUAUUCUCCUCUUGGCCUAGCAGAUAUUAGGCCCUCUGGUGAACACUUGCUGAGCGAGGCGCUCCUAAACCCCGGGGUAUCAUCGUUGCCUUAUAACAAUGGAGACAAUCAGGUCCCAACCAACAGCAAUUACGUGGCGCCGUGGCCUAUAUAUGCAGUGGAUUGGUGCAAAUGGCCCAUUACAGGAAACUCAGGCUUUGGUGGGAAACUAGCAAUAGGAAGCUAUUUAGAAGACAGUCACAAUUAUAUUCAAAUCCUUGAUGCACACUGGACACAGCCAGACCCCGACUCGCCAGAUGCCGCUGCCGGAGAGAUCAAACUGGAUUAUGUCAAGACAGCCGAGGCCACUCACUCCUACCCUGUCACCCGCAUCCUCUGGGAACCUCCAUCAUCUCAGAAACAAUCGACUGAUUUGCUGGCCACAUCAGGAGAUCACCUUCGUCUAUGGUCACUGCCAAAUUCGCAGCCUCUACAAAGCUCGAACUCGAUCACCCGUCCCAUGAACCAAAGAGACACUGUUACCUCAAAGCUCUCUCCGUUGGCUUUGUUGUCCAACUCAAAAUCACCCGAGCACACUGCUCCUAUCACCUCUCUUGACUGGAACACCAUUUCUCCAAGUCUGAUCAUCACUUCGAGCAUUGAUACGACUUGCACCAUUUGGGAUAUUCCCACAUUGACAGCGAAGACGCAACUGAUUGCCCACGACAAAGAGGUGUAUGAUGUUCGAUUCUGCGCCAAUAGUGUCGAUGUUUUCGUCAGCUGUGGCGCUGAUGGUAGUGUGCGCAUGUUUGACCUGAGAAGCCUCGAACACAGCACUAUCAUUUAUGAGCCCACUGAUAAGAACGAUAAGCCAGUGAUGAGUCCUGGGAGCUCCAGCCCACCUGGCCAAUCGCAGACCGGUCUCUACCCUCCACCUUUGUUGAGAAUCGCAGCCUCUCCCCAUGAUGCCCAUCUCCUCGCAACAUUCUCCCAGGACUCCAAUGUUGUCCGCGUUCUCGACGUCCGGCAACCGGGACAAGCCCUCUUGGAGCUGAAGGGCCACUCCGCGGCCCUGAACUGCGUGGAAUGGUCUCCAAGCCGCCGCGGUAUCCUGGCAUCCGGCGCUGACGACAGCAUGGUCCUUCUCUGGGAUCUGAUCAACCAGCACAAUGCCGCGCCGAUCGCUUCUCCUCCUACUAUCACACCGGGAGCAGCGCCAUCCACUACCUCCGAGCGCGGUCCAGCCGCUGUCUGGCAGAGUGAAUAUGAAGUCUCCAACAUCAGUUGGUCCCCGCAGGGCGGGCCCAACCACACAGGCCAGCCACGGGAAUGGCUGGGAGUCUGUGGCGGACGAGGCUUGACUGGCGUCGCGUUAUAA